AUGAUACCUUUGUAUGAGUGGAAAGUUGGAGACAUAAACAUUACACAGAGAUUUCGUCAGUACCAACAAAAGGUGAUUGAUAAAGUGAAAAAAUGGUAUACAAUAACUCAAGCAAAACCGUUUGUGAUCGAACAGCCCAUCAUACCAUCAGCAAUAUCUACUACUUUUCAAGAAGCAAUAAGAAAGCACUUAAUGGAUGAUGAUAGUUACAUUUACGCUGAUAGUACAGAAUUGAGUAGGGCCGCAGCUUCUACGUUUAAUGAGUUUCGCAAUCUCCCUACACUUUCUCCGUCCAAAAUGUCUGAGGAAUUGCAUUGCUGCAAUCUAUUGUAUCCCCAUGUGCGUCCUAUAUUCAGCCAAUCUCCUAGAGAAUAUGGUAUCCAAUUAAAUCGUGCUGUCAAAGGCACUAGAAAAAGACCCGAUUUCACGUGUGUGGUUGACAAAAUACCGGUUCUUGUCUCCGAAUUUAAACCGCUUGGAUGUACACCGCUUCUGGAAAAGAAAGAUUUCGUGAAAGCACAUUUGAGGGCUAAGAAAUCAUUAAAUCAACAAUCGAAUUUUAAGGAUGGUCCCGGUGAAGUAGGGCUAUUUAUAAACACGGGCGAUAUAGUUAGAUCCUUUUUUAUGGAUCUUAAAUACGGAUUUUACUGCUCAUGGUCUUUCCAUACAACUAAACUGGCAGUUGAUAAGGCCUCAAUGCCAUUGGUAGAAUCAACUUUCAGCCACUUCGUCGCAUUAGAGAGACGAGUUAACAAACUAGCCAAGGAUUUUAAAAGACGCAAGCAACCAUUCACGCCACCCGGACAAAUGAAAUUUAUGAGCGAAUUUCCCGACUCUCCACAAAUUAACCAGUUGCUCAGAUGA